AUGGAUGUUUUAUCGAUUCCCACUUUUAAAAAUGACUCCUAUAUUGGUUUCGCGUCAUAAGUAACUCAUCUUUUUGCUGAAUUUCUGUAAUAUUUCUUAAUAUACGUGAAUCAUUCUUUAUUUUUGAUAGUAAUUUGUUUCUUUUGUUAGAAUAUAUGUUUCACAAGAAAUCGCAAAAACAAUCAAUGUAGUCUGAGGAUUGCGAUUAAUUAAUUCAAGUCUAAUCUGUAUUUCUUGGUAUACUAAAGAACUAAGUGAGUUUAUAAUGUGAUAAAGUAAACACCUUGCAAUAUUUUGACGCUAAAUUUCUAAAACUGACGCCUUCAAUUGAGUUACCAAACAUUUGCGCACUCUUAUUAUAAAGAUGUUGUGGUUUAUAUCAACAUUAGCAUUUCUAUCAAUUGCGUUAAGUGGUGCAAAUGGAGAAAAAAAAAUUGUUUGCUACUUCGGUAGUUGGUCAGUAUAUCGGCCGUCAAAUGGAAAGUUUGAUAUUGCCGAUAUCGAUCCAAACCUUUGUACACACUUAAUUUACACAUUUGUUGGACUCUCUGAGGACGCUAAUAUCAGAGUUUUAGAUUCAUGGCAAGACUUAGCUGAUAACUAUGGGAAAAAUGGGUUUGGUAGAUUAAAUGCUCUACGUCAAAAAAAUCCAAAUCUUAAAACUUUGGUUGCUAUCGGAGGAUGGAAUGAAGGAUCUACAAAAUACUCAAAUGUCUUCCGACAGUCGCAUUUAAGGACUGCAUUUGCAGAGAACGCAUUGAAAUUUGUCAAGAAACACGGUUUCAAUGGGUUGGACUUGGAUUGGGAGUAUCCUAAUCAACGUGGUGGAUCUGCUGAGGACGUCAACAGUUUUACAAUGCUCCUGAAAGAACUCAAAAAUAAAUUCACUCCCGAAGGAUAUCUUGUAAGUGUUGCUGUAGCUGCCACUGCAUCGUCUGCCGGUAAAUCGUACAACAUUAGAGAAAUGUCAAAAUAUGUUGAUUUCAUCAACGUAAUGGCUUACGAUCUACGUGGAUCUUGGGAUAGUUCUAAAAGAGUCGGAAUAAAUGCACCAUUCCGAUCAUCGUCUAAAGAAGACCAACAACUAGCUUCUUGGAAUAUUGAAGCUAUAGUAAAAUACUGGUUGGAUCAGGGAGCUUCUCCUGAAAAGAUAAUACUUGGAACCGCCUUUUACGGCAGAUCCUUCACUUUGGUAGAUCCGAAUAAACACAAUGUUGGUGACUCUUUCAGUGGUCCUGGAACAGCUGGAAAAUAUACCAGAGAAGCGGGUAUGUUGGGAUAUAAUGAAAUCUGUGAGCUCCAGAAAAAUGAUGGAUGGACAAUUGCAUUCGAUGAUGAACAAAAAGUUCCAUACUCUUACGGUGGUAAUCAAUGGGUCGGAUAUGAUGACGUGCGAUCGUUGGAAAUAAAGGCGGAAUAUGUAAUAAAAAUGGGAUUAGGAGGUGCAAUGUUAUGGAGUAUUGAAACAGAUGAUUUUAAAGGAAUUUGCGGAGAGAAAUACCCUCUUUUAAAGACGCUAAACAAUGUUUUGCGUAAAGGAUCAUCAAUGCCCACACAUCCAAUAAUUUCCCCAGAAACAACAACCCCCACUAUCUUACCAGUUACAGAUGAGUCAACUAUUACAAAACCAGUAGAAAUACCAACUACUCCUGCCAUUAGUGACGAUAUAUGCCACACUUCUGGAUACGUUCGAGAUCGCAUGGACUGCAGUAAAUUUUAUUAUUGCAAUUACAUCGGAGACAGAUAUCAAAUCUCCGGUUUUCAAUGUCCACCUGGAACAUUAUUUGACGAGUCACUUCAUGUCUGUAACUUUGAACAUUUAGUUAGCUGCUAAGAUAUUGAAAUAUGCAGAGUGGCUCCUAUGUACUAAAACUUCAAGCGACUUAUGUUCAAAAAUUAUUUUUCUGAUUAAAAUUAAGAACAUUUUUCACUUGUCGAGAAUAAUAACAAUAUGUGCUCAUCAUUACAUUAAUCAAAAUUGUAUGUGGUGCUCUUGAAAAUCAUCUUAAAAUUUAAAACGCAUUUUAAAUUAGCAGCUAAGAAAGUUUUUUAAAACGAUUAGAAAGAUUAUUAUACCUUUUGUAAAGUCAAUAUAAUUCUGGUAAUCGUUUUAAAAGAAAAGACUGAUUUUUAAGAGUAAGCGUAUAUUUAUUGAUAUUUUAAAGCCUAAUCAAAAAUACUGCCUAUCUGACUAUUGAAUACCCACCAAAUGUGCAAUUAUAUUGCAUUUUAUUGAAUAUAUUCAGAUUUAUGCAAAACUGUGCAGUUUGCUGCAAGUAUCAAUAUUUCCUAAAAAAUUCCAGAAGAUGCUUACCACAAGCUUGCCCAGUAAGCAAGGUAAUACAGCAAGUUUCCUGCAAACUUAAAGGUUAAUUGGAGGGCUAUCCAGAAUAUUAAAAAGAAGAAAGAAGAAGAAUAUUGUUAAAAAUUCAUAAUGACGCUUUGUAUUUACUGUUAAUUACUUAUAAUAGGCUUAAUGACCUUUAUGAAAAAGCUAAUUUUUUACAAAUAAAUUUAUUCAACUGUA